AUGAUGUCAAAUAUGGCCCGAGAUGAAGUUGCAAGUUUACGCUACCUGCAAUGGGAAGAGAAGUUCCAUGAUACCAAACCAUAUACUCUCUAUAUGGAUGUUCCUGAUGGCUUUCCGCCACAAAACUUCAAAGUUGACGCAGAAGAGGCGGAAACAAUCCAUGAUGUCCGCGGUUAUGAAUCAAAGUACUCCCUCGACGACAAUGGGUUCGCGUACUACAAGCACCACUUCGAGCUCGAGAAUCACGAUAGAGAGACAUUGGAGAGGGACUACAUUCCGCAAGUUGAAGCUUUUCUGAUGAAGACUAUUCCCAAUGCCACCGAAGUCAAGAUAUACACCUGGAGACUUCGGUCGAGCGAUUCCGCCGUUCGUAACAAACUCCCUGGAGGAGUUGUCAAUCUUUCUGAUCCUACCCACCAUUUAGCCCCUGCCACGGCAGUGCAUGUUGUGGCCGAUGGCAGCACUCUCGAUCCGAACGAUCUCAUAGCAGCAGAUUAUGUUCGCACGACUUAUCAGGGUGAGAAUCUUCUCCCCCUGUACAACAAGAAUUGCCGAUGGUACUACAUGAGCGAUCAAAUGCCGGAUGAUGUUUUGUUAUUUAAGUCUUACGACUCCAGAGCGCAGUCGAAAGCGAAGUGCUGUCCUCAUGUAUCUUUCCGUCCUACCAAGGUCCCCGAUGUGCCAAAGCCACGAGAAAGCAUUGAAGUAAAGGCCAUUGUCUUCUCUUCAGAAUAG